CUUGUAUGAAUUCUGAUGGAAAAUUGUGGAGCGCGGCUUGAAGACAAUACGGUUGACUUAUGUCGAAUUUAAGUGUACAUUAUAAUAAAUAUAAAAAUAAAAUUUAAAUGUUUUAUAGAAAAUCAUCUAAAUGUGACUCAUUAUUACACAACAACUUGUAAAGUGUGUUGAGGCUGGCUGUGUUUGUGAGGUUAUAUUUGUUUUCUAGAUUUUAUAAACGUGUUUGUGAUUAAAAAUGGAUUCGGGACCAGCUCAAGAAGUAACUGAGCUUUUACGACAAUGGGAGGAACAACACACGUCGCCGACUUACGAUCCCAUACCAACUUUGACGAGGAUAGCGGAAAUAAUAGAGGCGGAAACGGAGAAUUUCAUGAAGAAGGACCCCGACCCCUUCGACGAGAGGCAUCCGUCGCGAACGGACCCCGAGUGCGCCCUGGGACACGCACUAAAAGUUAUGUUUAAGAAAGAUAAUUUUAUGACUAAGCUAGUCAACGACUACGUGCGCGACACGUACUACUCCCGCCAGAAUAUAACGGGGCGGGACGUCCACAAACUGAACGUGGCCGCUUGCAGGCUGACCUUGGGUUUGAUGCCCGGCCUGGAGAUGAGUGUUGUUUUUCAGGACAACGAAGCGUUAAUACAUCGCCUAGUUAAUUGGGCGACCAACUCGCCGGAGCCGCUGCAGUGCUACGCGACGGGUCUGCUCGCGGCCGCUAUGGAGGUGCAGGAGAUAGCUACCAAUUUUAGAGAUCUGAACGCAAUGCUAGUGCCGCUCAUGUUGAAAAGGCUGCACGAGUUGAGGAAUAAAACGCAAGACGAGAAGCCAAACCACGUGACUCCGCCGAAUCAGACGAGGCAUUUCGCGCGUUUUGACAAGCGGAGAAAUCACGACCACAAGAGCAAUGGCCCCGUCACUGACAAGACAGAUCACGCCAACGACGAGGGUGGAGGGGGGGAUAUGGAGGUGGACGGGGGUGGGACUCCCCCCACCCCCGUCAAGGAGGGCGCCAUCCUCGAACCCGGAACGCCGAUCAAAAGUUAUAACAAUGUGGUGUGGUCGCCCCCCGGCGCCGCUUGCCGGCCGCAGGUACACGAGACGUCGUCGAAUUCCAGCUGGGUCGAAAUGGAGACAUACGUUAUUGGUAAUAUACAAAUACACCCACCGACAGACGCCACAAAACAAAUGCUGAUACUUAGGUAUCUAACGCCGAUGGGAGAGUAUCAGGAGUUCCUGUCGCACGUGUUCGAGAAGGACGCGCUGGGGCUGAUCCUCGGCUACCUGAACGUGCGCGAGUCGAGGGACUCCCGGCUCGCGUUCGAGGCGCUCAAGUACCUCGCGGCGCUGCUCUGCCACAAGAAGUUCUCCAUCGACUUCAUCAACAUGGGCGGUCUGCAGAAAUUCCUCGAAGUGCCCCGCCCCUCGGUGGCCGCGACGGGCGUGUCCAUAUGCCUCUACUACCUGGCCUACUGCGAGGACGCGAUGGAGCGGGUCUGCCUGUUGCCUCGCAGGACCCUCGCCGACUUGGUGCGAUACGCGCUAUGGCUUCUAGAAUGUUCGCACGACUCGGGCCGGUGUCACGCGACCAUGUUCUUUGGCUUGUCCUUCCAGUUUAGAGUUAUUUUAGAGGAGUUUGACAAUCAGGACGGCCUCCGAAAGCUGUACAACGUGAUAUCAACCCUGCCCAUCCUCGGCUCUGAUGAUGAAGAGCUGAGGGUGUCCGAUGAUGAGACCUGCGCCGCCAGGCAGAUAGUCCGCCACGUGUGCGUCGCGCUGAGAAGAUACUUCGAGGCGCAUCUCAGGAUGCGAGCGGCGCACGUGGCGAGGCAGCAGGGCGACACUGUGCCAGAACCGCCGCCCUAUAAGACGAUGAUGAUGACGAUGAUGAUGAUGAUGAUGUAUGUGUUUCAGAAAUUCCUCGAAGUGCCCCGCCCCUCGGUGGCCGCGACGGGCGUGUCCAUAUGCCUCUACUACCUGGCCUACUGCGAGGACGCGAUGGAGCGGGUCUGCCUGUUGCCUCGCAGGACCCUCGCCGACUUGGUGCGAUACGCGCUAUGGCUUCUAGAAUGUUCGCACGACUCGGGCCGGUGUCACGCGACCAUGUUCUUUGGCUUGUCCUUCCAGUUUAGAGUUAUUUUAGAGGAGUUUGACAAUCAGGACGGCCUCCGAAAGCUGUACAACGUGAUAUCAACCCUGCCCAUCCUCGGCUCUGAUGAUGAAGAGCUGAGGGUGUCCGAUGAUGAGACCUGCGCCGCCAGGCAGAUAGUCCGCCACGUGUGCGUCGCGCUGAGAAGAUACUUCGAGGCGCAUCUCAGGAUGCGGGCGGCGCACGUGGCGAGGCAGCAGGGCGACACUGUGCCAGAACCGCCGCCCUAUAAGGCGUCGAAGUCGACCCCCGAGGAGAUCCAGGAGCAGAUCGAGCUGGUGCAGCACGCGGCGUGCGCGCGCUGGCCGCCCGCCGACGAGCUGCUCGCGCUCGGCGGCGUCACGCUGCUGCUGCAGGUCGUCGGCUACGCGUACGACUGGAACUUCAACGGGAGAUACACUUACUGUGCAGCAGACGGUGAUAUAGUGGUGGAGCCGGAAGUGCAAAAGGCGGCGCUCAAUGUGCUAGUGAACUGCGUGUGCGCACCCUUACACCGGUCUGGCGUUUCGACGGCGCGUUUCUCGCUGACCGGCUCCACGAAGAAGAAGGCGGCGGUGAAGUCGUACGAGGACGUGAUACAGAAGAUCUGGGAGAGCGUCAGAACUAACAACGGGAUCAUGGUGCUGCUCUCGCUGAUGAUGGUCAAGUCGCCGAUAACGGACGCGGACCGCAUCCGGGGGCUGGCGUGUCGGGCGCUCGCCGGCCUCGCGCGCUGCCCCACCGUGCGCCAGAUCAUCAGCAAGCUGCCGCUGUUCACCACCUCGCAGAUACAGGUGUUAAUGCGCGAUCCGAUCUUGCAAGAGAAGCGGCAGGAGCACGUGAUGUUCCAGAAGUAUGCGCUGGAACUGCUCGAGCGCGUCUCCGGGAAGAGCAAGCACAAGGGCGCCGAGUUCGAGACCUCGCUGGCUAACAUACAUCGGGCGAACGUGGUCGCGCAGACGCUAUUCCAGCCCCGUCUGUCCGUCUCGCGGACGAGCAGUAGCGCUAGUAUACUCAGAGAGAGUAUGGACCUCAACCAUUCGACACACGAGGAGAGUAGUCCAAUACCGCCUGUUAUUAAAUUAAGAAAAGUCCAGAACCCCACGCACACCCCAACGAGCACGCCCAGCGCCGAGAAGCGGUCCCUCCAGAAGCAGUUCAGCGCGGGCGCUGAACGCCCACCCUCACCCCCGAGGGUCACGCUCCACUCCAUCAUCACGGAGUACCUGUACAACCAGCACGCGCUCUGCAAGAACCCGGUGGUGACGUGCCCGCAGUUCAACCUGUUUGAGCCGCACGCGUGCCCGUCGCCGCGCGCGGGCGGGCUGCUGUCGCCGGCGGAGCCGCGCAACGUGUGCGCGCGCGUGGUGCGGCGCGAGCUGGGCGGCGCGGCGGCGCGGCGCCACCACGCGGCGCUCGCGCACGCGCACUUCGCCGCCGCGCGCACGCUGCGCCUGCAGGACGACGACGCCUACUUCACGCACACCAUGUUCCACCCGACACAGCAGCAAUUACUCGCCGCGACGUCGUCGGGCGACAUCAGGGUAUUCAAUUUGUUCAGCGGUGUUGAGGAGAAUUCGUAUCAGGUCCACGAAUCUUACAUAUACCAUAUGCAGGCGAGCAGGGACGGUCUGCUGCUGCUGGCCUCCUCCUCCACCACCUGGCGAACACUCUCGGCGCUGUGGAACAUGAAGGAGUUUGAGCAGUUGUUCCAGCUGGACAACGAGGAGUACGUGGAGUUCUCGAAGGUGUCGGACGAUCGGAUAAUCGGCACGAAGGGCGAGACGGCGACCGUGUUCGACACGCGCACCGGCCGCGAGCUGCUCACGCUCAGCCCCAGCAUCAGCAACCAGUACGCGAAGAACCGCGCCACCUUCAACCCGACGGACGAGCUGGUGCUGUCAGACGGCGUCCUUUGGGAUGUGAACACAGGCAAGGAGAUACACAAGUUCGACAAACUGAAUCAGACGCACAGCGGCGUGUUCCAUCCGAACGGUUUGGAGGUCAUAUCAAACACGGAAGUGUGGGAUCUGAGGACGUUCCACUUGCUGCGGACGGUGCCGGCGUUGGAUAAGUCAGAAGUGAUAUUCAACCCGGCGUGCACGGCGCUGUACGCGGUGUGCUCCGACCAGGACUCGGAGGACAGGAGCCAGUUCGACACCAGCUUUAAGACAUUGGACGCCUACGAUUAUUCUAGUAUAGCCACAAUAGACGUGAAACGGAACAUCUACUCGCUGAGCGUGUCCCGCUACGGGACGCAGAUAUCGCUCGUCGAGAACUUGGGCGACUUCGAGCAGGUGCAGGAGUCCUGCGUCAAGAUAUACGACGUCGGCAGGAAGAGGGAUCACGACGACGACGCGGAGGAGGACGACGAGGAGGAGCUGGCCGGCGGCUCCGAGAACGACGACGGCUCGGACUCCGGCUCCGACAACGACGACGAUUUAGCGUCAAGCCUGCUGCGCAACGCGGUGAUGGGGCUCGCGGGCGGCGACAGCUCCGGGGACAGCUCGCGGGACGGGCCCGCGCGCCGCCCCGCGCGCCGCCGCCGCCGGCCGGCGGACAAUCACAGCAGCGACAGUGAUGGAGAUAUCGACCUCGGUGAUAUCAUAGAGUUUGAACUGGACUAGACUAAUGAAUUUGUUUGUACUAUCGCGUCUUUUAUUUUUAUUUAUACGAUGUAGUCGCAAUAAAGUUUUAUAAUGUU